AACAGUCCCUACGACCAGAUGACUGAGAUUACACCACAAGUAAAUGCCACAUGUCUGGACCUUCUCAUCAACGAGAUGGUUCCAUUGGCGAUAAGAACAACCCGGGAGCUGAAACAGUCAUACGAACAGGCCAUAGAAUCGCUGGUACCGCAGAUCUCGAUAAAGGAUGAGGAUACAGGCGACGUUGAGAUUCUGAACUCAGAACUACUACACAGUGAAGACGUCACUCAUAAAUUAGAAAACUGUGGAUACAGCAUAGGUAUAAGACUGUCGGAGGUGCUGAUAUACAAGGACUCCCAGAAUGAGAUAUUGAAGAACCUGGAGUUGUUGAACAUUAUGAAGUUCAUCUGCCGCGAUGUAUGGAGAGAGCUGUAUGGUAAACAGAUGGAUAACUUACGCACAAACCAUAGGGGCACAUUUGUUCUCAUCGACAAUGCCUUCAAGACCUUCCAGAGGUUUGAUUCCCCAGUGGAUCUCCAAGACACAAUCUAUAAAUGUAAGCCGUACCUGUGGAUUUCCUCUGGAAUCAUCCGUGGUGUUUUGAAAAGCUUUGGGGUUGAUAGCCUGAUAACUCCAGAAAUCACCAAGUUUCCCAUGGUGAGCUUCAACAUACAGACAAAUGUUUGAUUAAAUGGAAAAAAAAAAUAUGAUAUUAUGGACUGUCAUGUCAUGUCAUGUUAUUUAUGUACCAAUUUAGAUGCAAAUUUCUUACCAGCAUUA